AUGCCUCAAAGGAGCGAAUUAAUAGAAGCCUUACAUUGUAGACUGCAGGAAGCCACUGAAUGCGCAGAGUUUGAUUUCCUCCGAGCUGUGACUGUGGAUGUGGAAAAGUUGCUGUCAAGCUUGCCUGUGCCCCUGCUCUCCAGGAGAACGUUCCCUCCAGAGACUGAGCUGGACACCAAGGCUAGAGCUCUCUACCCUGAGGAUGCCCCAGCGGGUAUGGUGCCGUUGGCCUGUGUUGGGGAAGGGAACCACCUGUUUGAGGCGGCCAGCAUGCUGCUGAAGGGGGACACCAGCCUGAGCACGGAGCUGCAGCUGAGGACAAUGGUGGAGAUGGUCCUCCACAAGCAGUACUACCUGAAGGGCAUGAUAGACUCCAAGGUGAUGCUGCAGGCUGCCAGGUACUCCCUGUGCACUGAGGAAUCGGCCGAGAAGAUGAACCUGCCCUUGGACAUCCUGGAGGCCAUCUUUGACGCCGACGUCAAGGCGACCUGCUUCCCGGGCACCUUCGCCAACAUGUGGCACGUCUAUGCCCUGGCGUCAGUCCUGCAGAGUAACGUUUACUCCAUCUACCCCAUGAGCAACCUGAAGAUCCGCCCGUACUUCAACCGCCUGAUUCGUCCCCGGAGCCAUGCCCCAGGGGCGGAGCUGCAGACGCUGCACAUCAUGUGGGCGGGUGAGCCUCUCUCUCGGGCCGUCUUCAAGCCCCAGUAUUUUGCGCCAGUCAUCGCCGCCCAGGACCUGAGGGGCCAAGAGGCGGGCGAGAGCCUGCUGCCCCUGAAGACCCUGGAGCUUCUGAAUGCCGACCCGGAUAUCUCCUACUCCGUCCUCCGGGAGAAGUACAGCAUCACCAAGAGUACGUUCUACCGCUGGAAGAAGCAGUCCCGUGAGCGUCGGCGGAAAGCAGCCACUCGCUACGAAGCCAAGCACUACCUGCAGGAAGCCUUUGCUGGCGGUAACUUCCUGCCACUGCAGCAGUUCCGAAGCCACUUCCCCGAUAUCUCCCGCUCCACCUAUUACGCCUGGAAGCACGAAAUGCUGACGGCGGGCGCUAGGCCAGGAGGUGGGCACCAACCCACGCGGGGCCAGGUGUCGGACCAGAGCAUAGGCCUUGGACAGGACAGCGAGUCUCCACUGCCCAAUGUCUUGCAGAGUGAGACCACGGACCUCUCCGAGGCGGCCUGUAUCAGCGGUCCUGGUCCGUUCAACGGCCAGAGGUCACCUUCAAAGCAGCUGGCCAAACGCUUCCUCAGGGAGUGCGUCCUCCUCAACGUGUGCCCCCCUUACAAAAGUUUCAAGAAGAGUUACCCCUGGGUCUCCAGGUCCAGCUAUUACAAUUGGAGGAGGGAGGCGAUGAGCCACCUGGACACAAGCGGCACCCUUUCCAAUUCCGGUCUGCACGGGGCCCACCACCGUGAAGUUGGCACGCCCAGCCUGGUGCCUGGCACUGCGGAUGGGGUGGCGCCGAGCGGCAGAGCCAGAAAUGGUCCGCUCCGCCCUAGAGGGAACGCCGCCGCCGGGUCCCCCUUCCGGCACAAGGUGAGGCCAGGGGAAGCCAAGAAACGGGCGCAGACGUGGCAGAUCCCCCUGUCGACGUUCCGGGUGAGGUACCCGGCCAUCUCCGCCCUGACCUUCCUGUGGUGGAGAAACUCAUCUGCCUCCAGGAGGACCAAGGUGAAGGUCAGCGACCUGCACAAAGAGGGGGUCUCAGUCGGAUCCAGAGAGGGCGUGCGAUGGGCACGGGUGGAGUUGGAGAAGGGAGCCUUGAGUCCUGGUGGAGUGAGGGUCUCGGACUGUCCAACCCCGCGGGAGCCAGUCAAACGCCCGCUUGUUGUGGGCACUUUACACGGCACAGCCUCCAAAGCCAAGGCCAAGCUUUUCCUUCAGCGCCGGUACGUGUCAAAGAACUUCCCGACAUUCCGGGAGUUCAGCAGCUACUUCCCCCUAACGCCGCGUUCGACGUAUUACAUGUGGAAGCGAGCUCUGAGUAACGGGAUGAUGCUGAUGGAUUGCUGA